AGGAGCUGAGGAUGGGAUCGGGGGCCUGGGGAAGGGCCUGGGAUGGGGGCUACAGCUGUGUUUGGGGAGCAGGGCCCCUCUUGGGGCUGAGGAAUGGAGCCCAGACCCCUGGUCCUGAAGGGUGAUGCUGGGGGAUAUAACAGCUCAGUUCCCCCGUUGCACUGACCAAUUCUCCCACUACGUUCCCUUCGUGCUAAUGUAAUUUUUACCCUCACCCCCACCUCUCAUUGCCUUGUAUUGUUUGGAUCAUAUUUUAACUGCCUUGAGGCAUUCUGGGCAAUCCCGAGGGAGGGGAGGGAGAUUUGUGCCCCUCUGGUCUGCAAAGCAGAGCUGCUGAGAGAGCAGCAAAGUGUCAGAGAGCUGCAAUGAAGCUGCUAAAGUGUGUAACAGAGCUCCAGCAAAGCCCUCAGAAAGCAAGAGGGCAGAGGGAAGGAGCUGGUCAGCCUCUGGGCACCCAUGGAUGUUCUAUAAGAUGCACUUUUUUCUCUUGGUUCGUUUGUUGUUUGUGUUUUUGUGUUGGUUUGUUGUUCUGUUUGCUUGUUUGUUUGUUUCCAAAGCAUGCCCUGUUUUCAGUGUUUUCAAAAUUUGGGUUGCUCUACUCGGUGCGAGCACACAGCAAUGCUGCUGUGGCAGGGCCUGGCUGCUAUGCCAUCAUCAAGUUCUACUCAGCUGCAGAUGCCAGCAGAGCCCAGCAGGCGUGCAACGGGCAAAAGCUGUUUCAGAACUCUCCAAUGAAGGUUUGUGUUUGCACCAAGCAGAAGGGAUUUCAGCAGCAAGUCCUUGCUCUCAACAGCAACAAGUGCCAGGAAUUGGCCAACCACUACCUUGGCUUUAACGGCUGGUGCAGCCGUAUCAUCACGCCUUCCCCACAGCUGCAGAACGUGUCUGGCUUUGAUGAUGAGAAUGAGGAAGUGGGGAAGAAGCGAUGUGUGAGAUACCUGUGUGCUGUGGAAGUAACGCUGCCCAACCAUGGGGUACAGAGCCGGGGAGUUGGGCUCGGUGAGGCAGACGUUGGCAAUGGUGAAGAUCCUCUGCAGUUUGUUACAGCUGCAGGAAGAGUUCAGAAGCUCGCAGUCGGCAAAGCUUUGUCCAGCGCCUUUCAGAAGAUUCUCCUUGUGGUUUUAGAGAGUGGUAAAGUGGCCGUGGAGUACAACCAGGCUGCAGAGGAGCCCGCAGACUUCCUAACAGAGGAGGAGCUGGAGGGGCUUGUUCAGGUCAAUGAAUUGCCUUCGGAACCGUUGGACUUCAAAGAAGAAGUUUUGUCUGACCUGACGCUGGAUGAUGAGCUCCCCGUGUGGGAGGUGCCAGCUCAUUAGCGCAGCUCUGUCUUCAGAUCACUUCCAAAAGUUUGGUUAGGGAUGAAAGUCUAAAGCUGUGCAGUGACAACUACCUCAUAUCCAACGUUUUAUUUUUCUCCAAAUACAGAAUACAGUGAAAGAAAUGGGCAACGGACCUACAGUUACUAAAAUUAAGCUACAAAAAUGUAUGAUGUUUCUGGAGAGAAAGUGUUUUCCUGUCAGCCUAUCCAGGUCAGCUAUAUAUGGAAGCAAGCUUACCUACGUGGUGAUUAUUUAGACAGCGUAACAGAUGUGCACAGCACUCAGAAAAAAAUGAAAUGAACAAGCCAGAGCAGUUUGGGUUAGCUGUGAUCAGCAGGAGAAAGACAGAGGCAGUGAGAGAUGUCGUACCAGCAGGAGUAGCUGUGUACUUACAAGUCAUGCUCCUCGGGGUGAAAUUCUCUUAGGGAGACAAACCGCAGCCCUGCGCUGAUGUACCGAACAGCUGGGACAUCGUUAGGAUGUCAAACAAAGAUCCUUUUUAACUUAGAACAUGUUUUUCAUUAAAUUUUUUUGUAACCCUG